AUGGCAAUUCCUGCGAGCAUUAGCUCAGUGUCACCGGCUUAUUGCGAUGCGUUGCGGUCCAUGCAGCCGAUCAGACACCGUGUCUCCCUCAGUCACAUCUCGGUAGCUCCAUCUAGACUGUAUCUGGCUCGCGCACGACCCCUACAGCAGCACGACACGCCGAUCCAAUUUCGACGAACGAUGCUAGCAAGAGCCAUGUCGACAGCCGUGCAAGAGCUAGCAAGCGAGCCGCCAGUGCGCAGAGGAAUGAUUCAGCUUGACAAGAGUCUAUUCAGCAAAUCACUCGAGAUUUGGAGCAUCGUCGUACCCGCCAAAGACGUCGUUGCCAUACGAUCUCUUAUUGGCUCUCACUCUCUCCAGCUCGCAAAAAUCUCGAACGUUCUCAAAGACGAGCGGAUUGACCCAUCAGACCGCAUGCUGCUCACCAACGCGCCGAGCCAAGAUCCACCGCCAGAGCGUAUACAGCAUGUAGUGCAAGAACAUGGGCUACGACUCCUGUCAUAUCUGCUCACUCUCGACUAUGACUAUUGGACGGCAGAUCAGAUAUUGAGAGCGAUCCUGCCGGAAACGGUGGUCGAAGAGUCGCCCUCUGGCUUUGCACAAACGGGCCACAUCGCUCAUAUGAACUUGCGCGACGAGUAUCUACCUUACAAGCAUCUUAUCGGCGAGGUCAUCCUGUCUAAAUCGCAUCGACUUGAGACCGUCGUGAAUAAGCUCGAUACGAUCGAUAACGAGUUCCGCGUUUUCAAAAUGGAAGUCAUCGCAGGCAAACCAGACUUUAACGUCACCAUCUCAGAAGAGGGCUGCUCGUUCGGCUUUGACUUUUCGAAGGUCUAUUGGAACUCGCGACUGCAAGCAGAGCACAGGCGCCUAGUCGCUUCCUUUGCGCCUCUGUCCGUCAUCGUCGAUGCUUUCGCAGGCGUGGGUCCGUUUGCGAUACCGGCCGCGAAGAAGUCUUGCGCGGUCAUGGCGAGCGACCUCAAUCCCGACAGUGCUCGGUACUUGCGAGAGAAUGCAGAGUCGAACAAAGUGACCGAACGAAUGCGCAUCGAUUGCAAAGAUGGUCGUGAGUAUAUCAAGCAUGCAGCAUUAGACAUUUGGCAGCAUCCCUUUGGGCCACCGCCGACAAAGCCCGCAAAGCGUCGCACAGCAGAGAGAGCCCCUGCAGCGCCGAUAUCACCCUUUAGACCUCGAAGGAUCGUAGACCACUUCGUCAUGAAUCUGCCGGCCAGCGCGCUAGAGUUCCUCGACGCCUACAGGGGGCUGUACGCAUCGAUCAAAGAAGAUACAGAGUAUCAGACGGCACUCAUUCAGCAAGGACGACCGCUUGUGCAUUGCUAUUGCUUUACAAAGCUCGAAGACGCAGCAGCAGCAGAGCAAGACAUCUGCGAGAGGGCAUCGCUUUCGCUCGCUUACCCCGUCACGCCCCAGAUGGACGACUACAGGCUUGUUCUGGUUCGGGCGGUGGCACCUCACAAGGACAUGUACUGCUUGACGUUUCGAAUACCGGCAGAAGUAUUGCAUGCUCAAUGA